UAUGAUGAAUCACGUUAAUUAUAUGUACCACGUGUUGGUGGUUGGGUCAUGCCUCAUAGUUGAGAAACAUAGUCCAGCCAAUGAGUAACAUGACGACGGGCUGUCUUUGCCUUGCGCAAGCACAUGCAUCACAGCCUCAAAUUUCAGGUACAGAAGAAUGUAAUAUAUUUAAAUUUCUAGAAAAUGAUAUAAACAACUGUGUUCGCCCUGCUUAUGAAAGUUUGGAGAAGACGAAAAUCCGACAUUGCGAACACUCUCAACUUGAAGUCUUACGUGGUUCCGUGGCGGCAUAGCUAAAGGCCGCUGAUCAAUACGAUACAAAGCAACAAGAUAAACAACACCAAUGGCACCGCGACUAGCAAAUACUUGGUGGCAUAGAAAUCGCCUACAGUGUUCCAACUACCCCGAAUUGCCGACCAAGAAAGAACUCAUCUAUCGCGUCUUUCGAGCCGCGUAUCCUCAUGGCGCAUUCGUUGACGACGACCUCAAGCUCGUCGAGCUAAGAGAUAAGGAUUCUAUUUGGCAGAACUUGGAAAAUGAGAUGGACAAGGCUCUCGACGAUCUCCCGGCCUUCGUCAACACCACACCAGCGGAGAAGUCGCGCUUACCGAACAGUACCGAGGCCCUGGUUAUCCUUAGGAGAUACUACGGCGCGCUCCUGCACGAGGCGAGACAGGCCCUAUACAUAUCCCAGAACGGGCGCUACUUCGAGUUUAGGUCCAUGGAGGAGCUCGUGGUUCGGUAUAAGCGCGCGGGUGGAGAGUUGUGGACGCACAAAGAGCCGGAUGAAGCGGGCGUGCCGACCGUUGGCGGGUGGGCGUUUGCUAGGGAGCACCUAGAGCUCGUGCCGGGGAGCGAGGUGAAGUAUUUACAGCAGCGGUUGAAGUUGUUGGAUGCACAUAGAUGAAGUUGUUGGUUGGGACUCCUGGAUGCUGUAAGGGCGGGUUGGAACGGAUAUGGGGGCGUUUAGACGGUGAUUUGGGGAAACCAGAUUGGGCUACCAAUGGGAGGUCAUGAUUAAUGAACUUUACGAUACUGUCUAAGUAAUGAGUAAUUCUUUGAUACUGGAAUAAUUGAAAGGGAUGCUUGAUAUACUAACUACCCUUUUUAGCGGAGUUGACCGCAAUAUGCCUUAAAGCUCAUGCUCCCUUUAUCUUAAAAAAAGAUAUAAUUUUAUAUGAUUUAUGAUGUAUGAAUAUGUAAAUAACUCUUGGAUUCAGGUACAGACGACGCUUGGCUUUAGUCAAGGCCCUAGGUAGAU